AGAGGUAGAUUGACUAGCUCACUUGUUUUCGUGUUAAUGAAUGAUGUUGUUUCCCCUGAACUUUGUAUUAUAAAAGCUGGUGAAAGUUACACAGGAGAUUAAAGUGUCUAAGUCGAGCGAAAUGACUAACAUUACUCUUGAUGUGAUUAUUUUGGUGACCUACUUUCUGGUGGUCAGUGGACAUUUAGGUUAAACCCACUAUGGCUCAAUUAAUGUUAAAGUUUAUUUUCCUCCAACAUGUCAUUUUUUGCACAAUAUCCCAAUUAAUCGAUGUAUAACACGGUUAGAGCUGCGAUAUAAUCUUUUAGAGAAAGUAUUUGUAAGGUUUUGGGCGGUAGGUAGGGGGAUUUUCCUAUGAUACUUGACACCCGUUAGUAGGUGUGGUCUUAACUUACAAGACAACAUUUACUUUGCUCUGUUGUCUUCACUCCUCACUGCACGAAAACAGCUGUCCAUAUCUGGCUUUUGUAUGACAAUGCAGAAGAAGUAAGACAUAAUGUUGUUUUCCAGGAUGAGGGAUCUCCAAGGCGUCGACAGCCUGCUCUUGAAAGAGUUAAAGUCGUUCUGUACCAAAGAGAACAACUUUCUUCCAAGGGAGACUGGCCUGAAGCUGAUGGAGUCGACUUCCACAGAGAAUCAUGGUGGAGUGUCAGCCAAAAGCAGAGACACCCGAGUGGAAGAGUUGUGGGGUCUGACCAGUUUCUUUGGCUACAGCACCCAGACUUUUGUGCAAGCUGUCAAUUUGCUUGACAGAUUCCUCACCAUUAUGAAGGUGCAGCCCAAACACUUGCCCUGUAUUGGAGUAUGCUGUCUCCACAUUGCAGCCAAAAUGGUCGAGGAGGAGAGCAAUAUCUCACCCACCCAAGAACUAAUUCGCAUCAGCCAAAGCAAGUUCACUGUGCCAGACCUCUGUCGUAUGGAGAAAAUCAUCUCAGAGAAGCUCAGCGUGGAGCCCAAAGCAGUGACGGCCUUAACCUUUCUACAGCUCUACUAUUCAGCCUUCACCUCCCUGUCUGCUGGAAGGGAGGAGAUCCCAAGCAUUGGGAGACUGGAAGCCCAGCUAAAAGCCUGCUUAUGCCGGCUUGUUUUCUCUAAAGCAAAACCAUCAGUGCUGGCACUGGCCCUCAUUGCCCAAGAGUUUGACACCCUUCAGUCCAUCACCGCAUUGAAGAUUGUUCAGCAAUUCCAAAGACAUCUAAAGAUUAGCGACAGCACGUUGCACCACUGGAAGGAGCUUGUGGCCAAAUGCAUGACCGAGUACCGCUCAAGCGAAUGUAACAAACCUGACAACAAAAAACUUGUCUGGAUCGUGUCCCGGAGAACAGCUCAGAAUCUUCAGGCCAGUCAUUUCAGUGUACCUGGCCUGCCAACCAUUCCUGAGGGGAGCUGGGAUGAGAGCGAGAGCGAGGAUUCCUGCGAGGACAUGAGCUGUGGAGAAGAGAGCCCAUGUGGUUCACCAGGCAGUGACGGAGAAGGAGCUUUCUUCCGCUCCGCCUUUCUCAACUGCAGAAAGUGACGCCCUCCUCUCUGUGCAGUAACAACGGAUGUGUGAUUGUCCUCUGAAGUGUAACUGAUUUUAAGACCUCUGUUUCACUUGCCACGUGUACGUAGGUAUGCCAAGUGAUCGUUAAGUGCCUGUGUUAAUUCAGUUUACCGUCUGUGUCUUUUAGUGUAUUAAUGCAACGUGGAAAAUUGCAAAAUCUUGGCAGCUUGAUUGCAAUACUUCAGAAUGUCUUUUUUUUUUUCCAAGACUUUGUGUUUGUUUGUGUCCAAGUUUUGACACAUUCCAGGAAAAAUAGCGACGCUCACGGGAGAAUUUACGGAUGUGAGUCAUAAAGUUACUGUUGAACACCAGCUAAAAUAUCAUAGCACAUCCUCAGUCUUUUUUUAAAACCUGUUUUUAUACUCGAUACCACACAUAUAUAUACAGUAUUCUGCUAAUGUGACAUAUAAAAACCAUGUAGUGUGAAAAUACCAUAUGCAUGGAUAUGUUGAAAUAUAUGAUUAUGAAUGGUUGUUGUUUACUUUGUUCACCACGAUAAGCUUACUGUAAAAAAAAAGAGAGAGAAAAGUUUUAAAAAAAUGUAAAUAAUGUGUAAAAAUAGAAGAAAAAAUGUCAUGUUUUUGUGAAUGCGAGAUUAUGUGUGUUGUAUUUGGAUAUUAUGUUAAAAAUGAAAUAUCUCGGAAGGGUUAGAAAUAAUUCUUCCAAAUAAAAAAAGUACUUUUUA